AUGUUCGAUUGCCAAGCACAGAGAGCUCUAGUUUUCCGUCUCGUAAUUGCUCCUAUAACAGCUCAAUUUUACAGGGAACGUUUUAUAGCAGAUUUUGCUGAUCUUAGGUAUUAUUCAAACCAAAACAACGGUUUUGGGUGGUUAUUUGUAAUGAUUGAUUUAUUUUCUAAAUACUGUUGGACUGCUGCUUUGUUUGAAAAGAGCGCCUUGGCUGUUAGUAAUACGUUUAGGAACAUGUUCAGCACUUUUGGCUCUCCUUUUAUACUUCAUACAGACAAUGGUAAAGAAUUUUGCAAUACGUGUGUAUCAGAUAUAUGUAAUGAAUUUAAUAUUAGGCAUGUUAAAGAUAGAGCAAGAUGCCCCCGGACUCAAGGUCAGGUAGAGCGAUGCAAUCAACCCUUUAAUACAUGA